AACUUUUAAAAGUUGGCACGAGGACUGGUUACUGAGAGUCCACUCUCACUCUCAGAAAUGGGCGAUUUCACAGCAAUGCUCUCACUCCCUCUCCUACUCUCUCUCGCUGCCCUCUGCUUCUACCCAUCGACGAUCUCCUCCAUGCCCCCUCCUCGCUUCUCUCCAAAGUCUAAAUAUGCUCCUCGCUUUCUCGGAAAACCCUCUCGCUCUAAUUAUUCCGCUCCUACUUACCAAUACGACACCCGCUACUUCGACCAAAAUCUCGACCAUUUCAGCUUCUCCAACCUCCCCAAAUUCCGCCAGCGCUACCUCAUAAACACCGACCACUGGGCCGGCCCUAGCCGCGCCGCCCCCAUCCUCUUCUACUGCGGCAAUGAAGGCGACAUCGAGUGGUUCGCAGCCAAUACUGGCUUCGUGUGGGAGAUCGCCCCUCGUUUCCGCGCCAUGAUUGUUUUCCCUGAGCAUCGAUAUUAUGGAGAGUCGAUGCCCUAUGGAAGUCAGGAGGAGGCGUAUAGAAAUACAUCGACGUUGGCUCAUUUAACUGCUGAGCAAGCCAUUGCUGAUUUUGCUGUCCUCAUCACUGAGCUGAAAAGGAAUAUGUCGGCUCAGGAUUGUCCUGUUGUGCUGUUUGGUGGAUCAUAUGGUGGAAUGUUAGCAUCGUGGAUGCGCCUCAAGUAUCCCCACAUUGCCAUUGGAGCCCUUGCUGCUUCAGCUCCCAUUCUUCAGUUUGAAGAUCUUGUGCCUCCGGAAACAUUUUAUCAAAUUGUUUCCGAUGAUUUUAAAAGUGAAAGUUUUAGCUGCUUCAAUACUAUAAAAAACUCUUGGGAUGUAAUAGAAGCAGAGGGACAGAAAAAGAAUGGGCUUUCAUUCUUGUCUGAAACUUUUCGAUUUUGCAAGAAACUCAAGAGUACUGCUGCUCUUUCUGACUGGCUAUAUUCUGCUUAUAGUUAUUUGGCAAUGGCAGAUUACCCAUAUCCUGCUGACUUUCUAAUGCCAAUGCCUGGAAACCCGAUAAAGGAGAUAUUGUUACUUAAUGAGACGAUGGGAGACUCCGUACUCACGUUCACAUGGGAAAGUGUUUCACCUAAAUUGGUGGUAUGUAGAAGGAUUGACAACUGUCCAGAUGGGACUAGCAUCUUACAACAAAUAUUUGAAGGUGUAAGUGUUUAUUACAACUAUACAGGAACCGUUGACUGCUUUGAUUUGGACGAUGAUCCUCAUGGUAUGGAUGGGUGGAACUGGCAGGCAUGCACUGAGAUGGUCAUGCCAAUGGCUACCAGCAAGUACAGCAUGUUUCCAGAAUACAGUUACAAUUACACUUCUUAUGAAGAGUGGUGUCUGGGGGAUUAUCAUGUCAAACCCAGGCCUAACUGGAUAACCACUGAAUUUGGUGGGCAUGGAUUUAAGCAUGCCCUCAAAACCUUCGGGAGCAACAUCAUAUUCUCAAAUGGGUUAUUAGAUCCCUGGAGUGGUGGCAGUGUUCUGGAAGACAUUUCUGAAAGUAUAGUAGCUAUUUUUACGAAAGAAGGAGCUCAUCACCUAGAUUUGCGUCCAUCCACGGCCGAAGAUCCCGAUUGGCUUGUGGAGCAAAGGGCAACUGAAAUCAAAAUCAUCCGAAGCUGGCUAGAUGAGUACUUAGAGAGAAAAAGAGCAGUUCUUGACAUGUGAAAACCUCUUAAUUUAACCUUCUCUCCUACCAAUCUCUCUACUGAAAAACUGUUUGUUUUACUAGCUAUUUUGGCUGAACACUACUUCCACGAGUUGGGAAAUGAAUUUCACUAUUUCACUAUUUCACUAUUUCACGAGUUGGGAAAUUACACUAAAAACCACUAUUUAGUCGAAAUAAUGUACAGUGGUGAUUAGUCCUGCCUUUAUUCUAUUGUCGAUUGUUGACUUAAUUUGCAUUCAAUAACAGACAUUAUUUUGGCA